CUCAGUCAGUUUCCUCGGCAGCGGUAGGCGACUGCACCCGGAGCUGUGCGAGCGCAGGGACCCCGGAGACGGCAGUGGCGGCGGCGACUCGGGCAGAGCAAGGGCGCGGCGGAUCGCAUUCGCACAGCAGCUGGCGCACUCGGUGCCCCGCGCGAGGGUAGCGAUGCUGCCCAGUUUGGCAUUGCUUCUACUGACAGCCUGGACGGCUCGGGCGUUGGAGGUGCCCACUGAUGGCAAUGCCGGCCUGCUGGCGGAACCCCAGAUCGCUAUGUUCUGUGGCAAACUGAACAUGCACAUGAAUGUGCAGAAUGGGAAGUGGGAGCCGGAUCCAUCGGGGACCAAGACCUGCAUUGGCAGCAAGGAAGGCAUCCUGCAGUACUGCCAGGAGGUCUACCCUGAGCUGCAGAUCACCAACGUGGUAGAAGCCAACCAACCAGUGACCAUCCAGAACUGGUGCAAGCGGAGCCGCAAGCAGUGCAAGACCCAUCCCCACUUCGUGAUUCCUUACCGCUGCUUAGUUGGUGAGUUUGUAAGUGACGCCCUCCUCGUUCCUGACAAGUGCAAAUUCUUACACCAGGAGCGGAUGGAUGUUUGUGAGACACACCUUCACUGGCACACCGUUGCCAAAGAGACAUGCAGUGAGAAAAGCACCAACUUGCAUGACUAUGGCAUGCUGCUGCCUUGUGGAAUUGACAAGUUCCGAGGGGUGGAGUUUGUGUGUUGCCCGCUGGCUGAAGAAAGUGACAAUAUUGAUUCAGCUGAUGCAGAAGAGGAUGACUCAGAUGUCUGGUGGGGCGGAGCCGACACAGACUAUGCAGAUGGCAGUGAAGACAAAGUAGUGGAAGUAGCAGAGGAGGAAGAAGUGGCAGAUGUUGAGGAAGAAGAAGCCGAUGAUGACGAGGAUGUGGAGGACGGUGAUGAGGUAGAGGAGGAGGCCGAGGAGCCCUAUGAAGAAGCCACAGAGAAGACCACCAGCAUCGCCACCACUACCACCACCACCACGGAGUCUGUGGAAGAGGUGGUUCGAGAGGUGUGCUCUGAACAAGCUGAGACGGGGCCAUGCCGAUCAAUGAUCUCCCGCUGGUACUUUGAUGUCACUGAAGGGAAGUGCGCCCCAUUCUUUUACGGCGGAUGUGGAGGCAACAGGAACAACUUUGACACAGAAGAAUACUGCAUGGCCGUGUGUGGCAGCGUCAUGUCCCAAAAUCUGCUGAAGACUAGCGGGGAACCUGUUUCCCAAGGUCCUGUUAAACUUCCUACCACAGCAGCCAGCACCCCGGAUGCCGUUGACAAGUAUCUCGAGACCCCUGGUGAUGAGAAUGAGCAUGCCCACUUCCAGAAAGCCAAAGAGAGGCUGGAGGCCAAGCACAGGGAGAGGAUGUCCCAGGUCAUGAGAGAAUGGGAAGAGGCGGAACGGCAAGCCAAGAAUUUGCCCAAGGCCGAUAAGAAGGCUGUGAUCCAGCAUUUCCAGGAGAAAGUGGAAUCCCUGGAGCAGGAAGCAGCCAAUGAGAGGCAGCAGCUGGUGGAAACCCACAUGGCCAGAGUGGAAGCCAUGCUCAACGACCGCCGCCGCCUGGCCCUGGAGAACUACAUCACUGCCCUGCAGGCUGUGCCGCCCCGGCCUCGUCAUGUGUUCAACAUGCUGAAGAAGUACGUUCGUGCUGAGCAGAAGGACAGGCAGCACACCCUGAAGCAUUUUGAACAUGUGCGCAUGGUGGAUCCCAAGAAGGCUGCCCAGAUCCGAUCCCAGGUUAUGACACACCUCCGUGUGAUCUAUGAGCGCAUGAACCAGUCUCUCUCCCUGCUCUACAACGUCCCUGCCGUGGCUGAGGAGAUUCAGGAUGAAGUUGAUGAGCUGCUCCAGAAAGAACAGAACUACUCAGAUGAUGUCUUGGCCAACAUGAUCAGUGAACCUCGAAUCAGUUACGGAAAUGAUGCUCUUAUGCCUUCUUUGACGGAAACCAAAACCACCGUGGAGCUCCUCCCUGUCAAUGGAGAGUUUAGCCUGGAUGAUCUCCAGCCCUGGCAUCCUUUUGGGGUAGAUUCUGUCCCGGCCAAUACGGAAAAUGAAGUUGAGCCCGUUGAUGCCCGUCCAGCGGCCGACCGAGGACUGACCACUCGACCAGGUUCUGGGUUGACAAAUAUCAAGACAGAGGAGAUCUCGGAAGUAAAGAUGGAUGCAGAAUUCCGACAUGACUCAGGAUAUGAAGUCCAUCAUCAAAAACUGGUGUUCUUUGCAGAAGAUGUGGGUUCAAACAAAGGUGCAAUUAUCGGACUCAUGGUCGGUGGCGUUGUCAUAGCAACAGUGAUUGUCAUCACUUUGGUGAUGCUGAAGAAGAAACAGUACACGUCCAUCCAUCAUGGUGUGGUGGAGGUUGACGCUGCUGUGACCCCUGAGGAGCGCCACCUGUCCAAGAUGCAACAGAAUGGCUACGAGAAUCCAACUUACAAGUUCUUCGAACAGAUGCAGAACUAGACCUCCACCACAGCAGCCUCUGAAGUUGGACAGCAAAACCAUUGCUUCACGACCCAUCGGUGUUCAUUUCUAGAAUAAUGUGGGAAGAAACAAACCCUUCUGUUUUAUUAUUUACUCAUUACUGCCUUUGACAGCUGUGCUGUAACACAAAGUAGAUGCCUGAACUUGAAUUAAUAUACAAAUCAGUAAUGUAUUCUCUCUCUUUACAUUUUGGUCUCUACACUACAUUAUUAAUGGGUUUUGUGUACUGUAAAGAAUUUAGCUGUAUCAAACUAGUGCAUGAAUAGAUUCUCUUCUGAUUAUUUAUCACAUGCAUAGCUCCUUAGCCAGUUGUAUAUUAUUCUUGUGGUUUGUGAUCCAAUUAAGUCCUACUUGAAAUACGCUUUAAAAAUCGAUGGGGAUGCUUCAUGUGAACGUGGGAGUUUAGCUGCGUCUCUUGCCUACGUAUUCUUUUCCUGAUCACUAUGCAUUUUAAAGUUAAAACUUUUUUUAGUAUUCCAAAUGAUUUAGAGAUUUUUUUUUUCCAUGAUUGCAUUUUACUGUACAGAUUGCUGCUUCUGCUAUAUUUGUGACAUAGGAAUUAAGAAGAUACGUUUAUUUCUUUGUGCCUGUUUUAUGUGCACACAUGAGGCAUUGAGAAUUUUUUGUCCAUAAAUCUUUGGAUCUUUGAUAAAAAAAAAUCCCUGUUCAUUGUAAGCACUUUUAUGGGUGGGAGAGAGGGAGUGCUCUGCUGGUCUCAAAUUACCAACAAUUCUCCAAAAACUUUUUUCUGCAGGAUUAUUGUACAGAAUCAUUGCUUAUGCCAUGAUAGCUUUCUACACUGUAUUACAUAAAUAAAUUAAAUAAAAUAA